UGGCCCAACACAGCACUAAUGACUAGCUCCCUUUUUUGUAUUCCUCUCCCACUUUUCACUGCCUCUUUCUUUGCCACAGAUUCUGUCAUCGGCCUCCUCCCUCCCUCGCUACCUCCCUCCCUCCCUCCGUAUCGCUCGGCCAUGCCCCAACUUUGCACUACAGAAAACAAAUUACUCUCUCUAUCUCUGGGAACGUGCACUGCAGACUAAGUUGUGUCAGAGUGUGGGAGCCUGUGGAACGUGCUGCAUUAGAAUGAGAAGGGAGAGCAGGUUAAUCCAGUGGAUCUGGUGGAUUGUGGUUGUGACAGCUUUGUUUUUACUGGGCUUCAUCAUAGGCUGGUUUGCAAAGCCAACAAAUCCAAACAAUGCAAACCACAGUGCAUCCAACAAGUACCUCAGAGAGUUUCUGGAUGACAUGAAGCCAGAAAACAUCCGAGAGCAUCUCAGGAAAUUUACACGACUUCCCCACCUGGCUGGCACAGAGCAGAACCUGAGGUAUGCAGAGCAGAUCAAGAAAGAGUGGCUCGAGUUUGGACUGGACUCCGUGGAGAUGGUGCCCUAUGACGUCCUGUUGUCCUAUCCCAACAAAUCACAGCCAAAUUACAUCUCAAUAUUAGAUCAGCUUGGCAACGAGGUUUUCAAAACGUCCUUGGCUGAGCCGGUUCCAGAGGGGUAUGAAGACGUUUCUGACAUUGUGCCUCCAUACAGCGCCUUCUCUGCCAAGGGACAACCUGAGGGGGAGUUGGUUUAUGUGAACUAUGGUCGCACAGAAGACUUUUUCCAGUUAGAGAGGGAGAUGGGCAUCAAUGCUACUGGGAAGAUUGUUAUUGUCCGAUAUGGCAAAAUAUUUAGAGGCAAUAAGGUGAAGAACGCUGUGUUAGCCGGAGCUAAGGGGAUCAUCAUGUUUUCAGACCCAGCAGACUACUGGGCUGCCGGAGUCCAGCCCUACCCUGAAGGCUGGAACCUGCCUGGUGGAGGAGCUCAGAGAGGAAAUGUUCUCAACCUGAAUGGAGCAGGAGACCCGCUAACACCAGGGUACCCUGCUAAAGAAUAUACCUACAGAUUCAGUCUAGAGGAUGGAGUGGGACUUCCCAAGAUCCCUGUGCAUCCAAUAGGCUUCCAUGAUGCAAUACACCUACUGAAGAACAUGGGAGGACAGACUCCCCCCAACAACUGGAAAGGAGCUCUGAAUGUCUCCUACAAGAUCGGUCCCGGAUUUACGGAGGGGUCAAAGAUCCAGAAGGUGCGUAUGAACAUCCACACUAACAACCAGGUAACCAGGAUCUACAACGUCAUUGGCCGGAUAAGAGGAGCUCUGGAGCCAGACAGGUAUGUGAUUCUGGGAGGGCACCGGGAUGCUUGGGUGUUUGGAGGAAUUGAUCCCAUGUCUGGUGCUGCGGUGGUUCACGAAACUGUGAGGAGCGCCGGAAGGCAGCUAAGCAAAGGCUGGAGGCCUAGAAGGACUGUCAUAUUUGCCAGCUGGGAUGCAGAGGAGUUCGGACUGCUGGGAUCUACAGAAUGGGCAGAGGACAACGCCAAAGUGCUGCAGGAAAGAGCUGUUGCCUAUAUCAACGCUGACUCUGCCAUUGAGGGUAUGUACACACUGAGGGUUGACUGCACACCGUCGCUGCACACUUUGGUGUACGAUCUCACCAAACAGAUCGUCAGCCCAGAAGAAGGAGAGGAGGGAGUUUCUCUUUAUGAGAGUUGGCAUAAGAAGGACAACUGGACGAAUGAUCGUGAUGCACCAAGAAUCAGUAAACUUGGGUCAGGCAGCGACUUCGAGGCCUACUUUAUUCGGCUGGGAAUCGCCGCAGGCAGAGCAAGAUACACCAAGAAUAAGAAAACAGAGCGGUACAGCAGCUAUCCAGUCUAUCACAGUGUUUAUGAAACAUUUGAGAUAGUGGAGAAGUACUACGACCCCUCCUUUAAGAGGCUGCGGGCUGUGGCCCAGGUGAGAGGUGGGCUUAUCUUCCUGUUGGCUGAUUCCCAGCUCCUCCCGCUGGAUGUAAUCCAGUAUGCCGACUCGCUGAGGAAGUAUGCUCACAGCAUCGCACAACUGGCACAGAGGCACCCAGAGGAAAUGAGGAUAUAUGAGGUGUCGUUUGAUUCCUUGUUUUCUGCUGUGGAGAACUUCACUGUUACAGCCAGCGACUUUCAUCAGCGCCUGCAGACCCUCAAUAGAGCAGAUCCUCUGCAGGUACGUGUCAUGAAUGAUCAACUCAUGUAUCUGGAGCGAGCCUUCAUUGACCCCCUGGGAUUACCCGGCAGACCGUUUUACCGACAUGUGAUCUUUGCUCCCAGCAGCCAUAAUAAAUACGCAGGUGAGUCUUUCCCCGGGAUCUACGAUGCAUUGUUUGAUAUCGAGAACUCAGCUGACCCGCAGGAGUCCUGGGAGGAAGUCAAGCGUCAAAUCAGCAUUGCGGCAUUCACCGUUCACGCUGCUGCCAUGACCCUAACACCACCUGCAUGAAGCACACAUAGCCUGACUGAGAAAUCUUUAAAAUUAUGUUGUAAAACCAGAAGAGAACAACACAUCGCCUGCAACACACACAAAGCAUUGACAAGCGCUGUUUUCUGAUCGUCCAAAGCUCAGUAAUACGAUGACUUUUUUGUGUGUUUUUCGAAGUGUCCUUACUGGAGCAUAACUUACACACCUGUCAUUUAACUCUUAGUGUUUUAUUUGUUUUACGCUGCUACAGAAUAGUAAUACUUUAUGAUUUGUUGAUGUUGUUGUUUGAUGUUGAUUGUUUGUUGAUGAUAUUAUUUAGCUUUAAGACAGCCAAAUAAAUCAAUCCUUCCUUUAUUUGUAACAAAAGACAACCGAUAUCUCCUGCAUGAAAUGACUCUAGGAAAAAAAAAUGUGGAACAUGACAGGGAUGGCACUGAGUUUUAUAUACGUGUUUACCGCUCUUUUUUUAAUAAAUGACUGUCUUUAGGCUCCUUAAAGAAA